AUGUCAAACGAUUCAAAUUAUAUAAAAACAAAUAACUCUUCUACUAUAUCCAGUAAAAGUAUAAAGGAUUAUUUAUCUAAUAGCAUUAAGAGUAAUAAAAAUUGGUUUGCUAUUGAAAAUAUAAAAUUGAGAAAUAAAAUAAAAAAUUUAAAAAUAAAAUAUGAAAAACUUCAGAGAAAUCUAAAUAUCAAAUGCCAAUUAUUAAAAAAUAGAAAAAAGAGUUUACUUAUAGAUAAUUAUUACUUAAAACUAGACAAACUGUUGGAUGAUAAAAAAAUAAGAAGAAAUUAUAAAAAUUCCCUAAUUCAAACUGACAUAACUUUUCCAAAUCACUUUUUCGUGAGAUGGGAUAGCUACUUUGAUAAUUGUGAAAUUAAAAAAAUCUCAAGUGAUAGUGAAAUUGAAAUUUUAAAAAAAACGUUUUUCAAGAAAAGUAUAAGUGAAUUUAGAUUAGAAAGUAUUUUAGAAAAAAAAUCAAAUGAUUUAAUUAAUAAAAGGAAAAAAGAAAAAAAUGAAAAUAAAUAUAAUAAUAUAAUCCAUGAUAGAAAUUUCUUUUCCUCCGUUGAUAAAGAAAGUAGUAGUAAUUUAAAAAAAAAAAAUAUAAUUUAUAAAAACCUUUCAAAAUCUAUUACAUAUAUUGAUGAUAAAAUAAGUUACAUGAAUGAGGUUAAAAAGGAUAUAAAAGAUGAAAUAAGAGAUUUAUAUGAUGAAAAAAAAUAUAUAUACUCAAAUUGCAAUUUACAAAGAUACUUAAAUGAUAUAUCAGGAAAUAAUGAAAAAAGAUAUAACAAAAAUGAUGAUAAUAAUAGUAAUAGGAAGAACGAUAUUUUGCUUGAAAAAAAAAUAAAUGAAAAUCCAAAAAAAAUUCCAAAAAAUUGUGAGAAUAUUGCAAAUAUACAUGAAAACAAUAUUGACAAAAAUAGCAAAGCAUAUAAUUUAGAAAUAUGUGACGAAAAAAUAUUUAAUGCAAAAGAACUUAAAGACGCUUUCUAUAAUAAUGCAAAUGAAUCAAAAAAUGAAAAUAUUCAAGAAAAUGAGGAAUUUAAUUACAAUACUAUAAAAAAAAUAAUUUUAAAAAGAAAUAAAAAUAGGAAUAAUGAAAUUAGUGAGAUAAAAAAGGGAAACUUUUUUAUAAAUUUGAAUGAAAAAAAUAAAGAUACUGGUGAAAUUUCUAAUGAGAAAUAUUCUUUAGAUACAAUAAAAAAAAAAAAUACAAUGAAUGAAACUUUUAAUAAUAUAAGAUAUAACAAAAAUGAAAUUAUUGAAAGAAGCAGUAAAAUAUAUUGCGAUAAAAUGAGGGAUGAUAUGUUACAUAAUGAAGUAUUAUAUGUGAAUAACAAAGAUGAUUUAAAUUAUGAUGAUAAUCUUAAGAAUAAAAAUAUAUUUGUUGAUGGACCAAAUCUUAAUAAUAUGAAAAAUAAUAGUAAUAAAAUAACAAAUAGUAAUUAUUGUAAUUUAUUCAAAAAUGAUGAUACUUUGUCUAUCUUUUCAGAAAAGAAAAAAAAAAUAGAAGAUGAUGAAUUAAAUGGAAAUAAAGACAAUUACAGUAAAUUUUUCGAUAAAAAUAUAAUUUUAAAUAGGAAAAGUAAGAACAUUGAAUCCAAUUACAUUAUAAAAGAACAUUUUGAUAAAAAGCAAAAUGCAGAUAAAAAUAAAAUUAAGUUAGAAAAAAUUAGAUGCUCCAAAUCAUUACAAGAAAAUUCUAGAAAAUUCUCUGAAAAAAAAGAAAGAUAUAUUGAUAUUCUUUUAAAAAAUACUACAAAGAAUUGUGAAAAAACAAUUGUGGCAAAUAACUUUCGAAAAGCAGAGACAGAAUUUUAUAAAAAUAAAUCCAUUUUAAAUUAUCCUUUAAAAUUUAAAAAUAAGAGUAAAGAAUCAUCUUUUAGGAAAUCUUCUUCAAGCUAUUUUAAAAAGAGUAAAAAUCAGACAAGAUACAGUUUGCUAAAUCAUUUAGAAAAGAAAAAUUUUAAUACUCCAAAAAAAUUAUCAAAAAAGAACAAACAAAAAUUUUAUAAUCACAGAAAGUUUUCUCUUUAUAGUGAUAUUUAUUUAGAUGAAUAUUCUUCUGAAUUAGAGUCAAACAACAAAAAAAAAAAAAUUGAUCUUAUUUCUUCUUUGGUAAAAGAAAGUACACAUAUUUUUAAUGUAGAAAAUGGUUCAGAGAAUAAAGAUAAUAUUAUAUAUGAAAAUAAAAAAAGUUAUAAAAAUUUUCUUUUAGAUGAAAAAAGAAAAAAAGCAAUAAAAAAAAAAAAAAAUAAUAAAAUUUCAAAGAAUAUUAAUCAAUUGUUUAAUGAAGACGAUGAUUCUAUUUUAAAGGAUGAUAGUUUUUCUUUGAAUGAUAUUGAGAGAACUACUGACGAAAUAUGGAGGAUAUCUUUGGAAUAUAAAAAAAAAGCAUUCCUUUUUUAUUUAUGA